AUGCCUUCCGUCAAACGCCCCCAUUCAGAUUUAGAUGAUAGAUGGAAACAAAAUGAGGCUAUCAUUCGACAGCUCUAUGAGGCCAAAAGAAAGACCCUCAAAGAAGUUAAACAGAUUAUGGAGGAUGAGUAUGGGUUUCCUGUUAUCCCUCUAUCAACUUAUGAGACAAAACUUCGAGAUGUGCUUAGGCUUCGCAAGAGACUAAAGAAGGAAGAUUGGACACCGAUCUACCAGUCCUAUCUCAACAGGGGUGAAAAGGACACGGGUAUCUAUCUUAAUGGGAAUAGGAUUGAAUGGAAGAAAGCUUGGAAGGAGAUGAGAAGGUCAGGUGCUCGGGAUAAUGUAGGCAAUAGCAAUGCCACCACGCUACCAGUGGGAGUAGAAGUUAGGACUCCGUCCCCUGCUCCCAGACUUGGUCCUCCUUCUCCGACAGCAUCCCUAACGCAACAGGAAACCUCCCCCCCAGUAUUCCUGACCUACCCAACAACGACCCAAGUGAAUUACGAAGUAAUACCUUACGGUUUAGACAACAUAUUACAACGUCAUCCUUCGCAACCCACGGCGCCAAACCUAGAUCCAGAGGAUGAAUUCGCAAGCUUUUUCGAGUCUGUGAAGAUAGAGUACAACAAUGCUCUUGCAGAUGGCCCCUCAGUUGUGUUCCAAAAUUUAAUAACCCCGAUCAUUCGUGAUUUAAUGGGCACGACAUUUGAAACACACUUGCCGAAGCUCCAGGAAAUGAUAUUCUCGGUCAUACCAUCCUUCCUACCAAGGCCUGGUCAGGCAUCUUCCUUGUCGGUGCCUAGCUCGAAAUCCGAUGUCUACGAUCUUCUGUCUAGAACCAUUUAUCUCCUCUCGAACGGCCUGCUUGAUGAAGAGAUAGGUGAAGGGCCGUGUCCAAAGAUAUGCGAGAUCUUACUUAACCAGGCCCCACAGUCAACCCUACGGCAAUUAUUUCAGCAAGAUCUCCCCACAGCAAGGGCCACAUGGGAAGCCUUGGCACAGUGUGCUGGAAGGUUCGGAUUUAGGGAUGCUUUUACCUUUUUAAUGAGUGUUGGAUUUCACCAUUACAGAUGGGUUAUUCCUAAUGGGACGUCAUGGCUCAUCCACGCCGCUGCCAUGGGUGCCAUUGAUAUCGUCCGAAAUCUCCUUCAAAAUGGAAUUCAACUCACAGGUCCACCCGACGAAGAAAGAAUAGCUGCUUUUCUCGAAGCGAUUGCCACCGGGAAUGUAGAGUGCGCAGAGCUGCUCAUCGAAGGAUGCGACAUCAACCAACAGUGUUAUCAACAAAAGCUGUACGUAAGCUAUUUUGGUUGGUUUGUGGAGGCCCUGAUGACGGGUGGAUUCAUUUCUCGUAUGAGGCGCGAUCACGCCUACGUGCCGACCCUUCUUAAAGAUAUGGAUGACGGGAGGGUACUCGUUAAGCUCAGCCUAGACCACCAGCCGCAUUCUCGGGUAUUAGAGGUGUUCUUGAAACGCGGUGCCGAUGUCGACGCCGCGUGGCGGGCGGUUGGAAGUUCACCUUCAUACGAUUUCCUCAGUCACAAUAAUAGGCCAACGAGGCAAAGCCUUACGUUAUUAGAGCAAAGCUAUUACUAUCAUCCAAAGCUAUACUACAAACUACGUCCGUACAGCCCGCAAGCAACAUUUCGUAUCCUUCGUCCAGCAGUUUGUAUCCACGCGAAGCGGGGCGUGAAAAGCCUCUCUAAAUAUUUGAAGUCUCUUCCCGACCCAAAGGAACGUGACUCCAGAGAAACGUCGUUCUUGGGAUUGGUCCUUGCUGAACAAUUCGUUCCAACAAGAGGUACAUGCGUCGAUACUAGGGUUGUCGAUGGUCUUGUUGCAUUUGGGGUGGAUACGAAACUUGCUUCGUCCCAAUUCAUACUCUGCAACUUCGUAAAACUAAUCUGGGUAGACGUUCUGAACAUCCUAUGUCUGUACGGCGCUAAUGUGAACGAAUACGGUGCGAAUGCAUUGUCAGCGGCUACCCGUAUAGGUAACCUCGAAGCAGUCAACUGGCUAUUGGAACGAGUUGGUUCUAAGGCUCAGAAUGGCAUUCCAAGCACUGUCGAUUCUCCGGAACAUUUUCUCAACCACACUAAGGAUGAUGAUUCGUUCUUUGACAAAGCCAAAGUCUUCCUAGAAAAAUCAAAUGAUUUCAACCCAUCAGAUCACUCGGGGGAUCUACUGGAAGCUUGUAUCAAUCCAUAUGUACCAGUCAGUUCUGCAAUGGCCAAGCGAAGGCUAGCAGUUUUCAAAUUGCUCCUCAAUCGUGGUGCCUCGCCAACGGACUACUGCUUGCCUUCUCUUAUUUAUCAUGGCGGCCAGCGUGAAUUAAUUGAAGAGCUACUCGAAACUACCGAUAAUAUUAACGCAUAUUCCGCGGAAUAUCGUUCUGACCCGCCGUAUACCGCGCUUCAAUCUGCAGCUUCCCGGGGAGAUAAAUAUUUAGUUGAUCAAUUGAUACGCAGAGGUGCUGAUGUCAACUGGCCUGCGAAGGAGGGUCGAGGAGUUACGGCUCUUGGUGCUGCAUAUUAUUGGAAGACGACAUCACCGGAUGACCGAACAACUAGAUUGUCAUUACUAAGACUUUUGAUUGAGCGGGGCGCGGAUGUCAAUUGCUUCACGAAGCCGGACGGAGAAUCGGUUUUGCUUCUAGCUGCUAGGGAUGGAGACAUGGAUGUGGUGCUUCUCCUAUGCCAUUACGGGGCCGAUCUUAAUAUCGUCUGUGCAAUUGCGGGCAUACUGUUAACCCCAUUAGAUGAAGCUGCGAAGGAGGGUAGGCUUGACGUGGUCCAGCUCCUGUUAAACGUGGGAGCUUACAGCUACAAACAGGGGCAAACCGAAUACGACGGCGCAAUCGAAGCCGCUAUGGUACACAAGAAAUUCGCCGUUAUUGAUUUAAUAUGGAAACAUGUUGAGGAUACUUGUCGUGUACAACUGGGGGAGUUGUCUGAUCUUGGUGAGUGUAUGGAUAUCUAGAAUGAAAAGGUCCAAGGUUUCGAGACCUUAAAUGACUUUAAACGCACCCAAGUACUAUUUUUUAGAGACAAAAAAUCGAUAUACUGGGAGCUCGGAAGGUGAGGGAAGUGAGUGGCUGUAGAAACAUCUCACAAUAAUACGAGGAGCUUGC